AUGAUCCGAUUUCUCGUAGAUAGCAGAUUUCAUCCACGCUCCCAUCUAGAUUCUCCACCAGCAUUUCAUCUUGUUUCUGACCCAGGACCCAGGACCCAGGACCCAGGACCCAGGACCCAGGACCCAGGACCCAGGACCCAGGACCCAGGACCCAGGACCCAGGACCCAGGACCCAGGACCCAGGACCCAGGACCCAGGACCCAGGACCCAGGACCCAGGACCCAGGACCCAGGCUUCUUGUGCCGGAACCGGGCCCCAUGA